CGAAUUAUCGCGAAGCAAUCGUGCCUCUGCGUUGUGUGCACUUCACGCGGGGUUGUCUCGCGCCGUCGCCCUAGGCGCAUCUGGUAUUGAGCACAAACGGAGCAGCGAUGUUAGCCCGCCGAUGCUUCUACCGGCGCGCCCACUAAUCGCGCGGGUCGCCGGAUCCAUACGUCCCCAUGGCGAACACGUCACGUAAACCCCGAUUUCUUUUCACAAACUUGCUGCACUGAAAAAUAUUUUUUAAUACAGUUGCAGUGCGGUAAUGUAAAAUAAUCCACUGUUUUCUGCAUUAUCUUUCGUAUAAGCUUUCUUUUUUUAUGUUGUUUAAUUUGAUUUACCGACAUUGACCCUUGGCCAGUCAUGUGACCUAGAAAGACAAAAACAAGUUAUUUUUCCUUCUCUCGCUGCUCUGGUUGCUCCACAAAAAACGGGAUUAUGAAGUUUUUGGAUCUUUUUGGACGCGUAAAAUCCGUGGUUAUUGGAAUGAUUCAUGUUAAAGCCUUACCAGGAACACCCCUGGGUUGCAUGAAAAUGUCCCAAAUCACUGAAGAAGCAUGCAGGGAGGCCGAAAUCUACCGCAAUGCAGGGCUUGACGGCGUGAUCAUCGAGAACAUGCAUGACAUCCCGUACUCCUUCUCCGUAGGCCCUGAGGUGUCCGCCUGUAUGGCCACAGUCUGCGCUGCGGUGAGAAGCGUCUGUCCUCACCUGCUGCUCGGAGUGCAAAUACUGUCUUCUGCCAACCAGCAGGCUCUGGCUGUGGCUCUGGCUUCAGGGAUGGAUUUUAUCAGGGCCGAGGGUUUCGUCUUUUCUCACGUGGCCGAUGAAGGCCUCCUGAACGCCUGCGCCGGGGACUUACUGAGGUACCGCAAGCAGAUUGGAGCCGAGCAUGUGCAGAUCUUCACCGACAUCAAGAAGAAGCACAGCUCUCACGCCCUGACGUCGGACGUGAGCAUCGAGGAGACGGCACGCGCCGCAGAGUUCUUCCUCUCCGAUGGACUCAUCGUCACGGGAGCGGCGACGGGAGCGCAGGCUGACCCGCGGCAGCUCAGAGAGGUUUCCCGGUCCGUGAGAAUCCCUGUGCUGAUAGGCUCCGGGGUAACCUAUGACAACGUCGAGCACUACCUCGAUGCAAGUGGACUGAUCAUUGGGUCUCAUUUCAAGGAGGGCGGCCACUGGGCCAACGCAGUCGACCCGGAGCAGGUGAAGAGGUUCAUGGGAAAGAUACGUGACCUACGGCAAUGAGAACCCCAGAGCCUAAAACACGGUUUUGUGUACUUGUACUACAACUGCGUGUCGUGUCACAUCAAACACGUACCACCACCUUAAGAAUACAAGAUUUUAAUUUUGGGGGGGGGGGGGUACAUUUUAUAAAUACACGCAAAUAGAAAAAAAACAUAAUAUUCAACUGUAUUUACACUCAAUAAGCAACAUGUAUAAAAUUGAUAAUAAUCAGUAUGCAUCCGCUCAAAAGAAUAAAACGAUGGACUUGAUACAAAACUGUUUUUUGUAAUGAUUCAAACUAAAUGAGCAUUCAUAUUAGGAAAUUCCCAGGUGGG